AUGCUGGUUGAGCGCAACCAAGAUACCACGAAAUGGCCGAAAAUGGAUCUCACCAACUGCCGUAGCAUGGAACUAUUUCGUCGAAUUGGAAUUUCUGAAGGAUUGCGAGAGAUUGGUGUCCCACCACAAUAUUCUUUUGACGUGCUUUUCAGCACCGGUUAUUCAGAAGGCGAAGAAGAGAUAGCCAGAUGGAAGCUUGAUUCUGUCGAUACCUGGUGGCAACGUAUUAAAUCUCGAAAUGAUGGAUCACUUCCCAGAGAGCCUUACCAGCGCUGUUCCCAAGCUGUCCUAGAGGCAUGGCUUAAGCCCCGAAUUCAAGCUGAGAAGCUCAUUGAUGGCCAUUUCGGCCUCAAGUUUGAGUCUCUUACAGAGACAGACGAGGGAGUGGAAUCCAAGCUCACAGAUGUAGUCACCGGCGAACAACACAUUGUUCAAAGCAAAUACGUCGUCGGAUGUGAUGGAGCUGGCAGUCGUGUCCGCAAGUCAAUUGGGAUCAACCUCCUCGGUGGGCCUGUCCCAGCCGCAAUGCUUUUGAUACAUUUCAAAUCACGAGAUCUCUCAAAGUUGCAGAAGCAUGGCCAAUUUUGGCAUAUUGCGUUCGCGUCUGGUGCUUUCGUCAUUGCGCAAGAUGAGGUCGACACUUGGACUAUGCAUACCAAGAUUCCAGUCGACGCCGAUUGGGAGAAAAUGAACCCCGAAGAAACAAUCUACAAUGCUUUUGGAGGUCCAUUGGCACCAUUUCCGAUCAAGAUUGACGAAAUUCUUGUCAAAAGCACCUGGCGACCAAACAUCUGCAUCGCAGAGAGCUUUACAUCUCUAGGCGGACGCGUCUUCCUCGCGGGAGAUUCAGCGCAUCAGAACAUUCCCACUGGAGGUUAUGGAAUGAACACUGCCGUUGGCGAUAGCUUCGACAUUGGCUGGAAACUUGCGGCGACUUUGAAACAGUAUGGUGGUAAAGACCUUUUGAAAUCAUAUGAGCUGGAACGACUGCCCGUUGCGGUACGGAAUAUCAACCAGUCGGGCACUUUUUGGAAAGUUUGGGCUACUGUCUGGUCCCGUGUUGCCGAAAUAAGAACUGAUACCAUUCUAUCCAAGUCCGAAGAAUUAAAAGCUAUCAAAACCAGUACGGCAGAAUUUCUUCAAGGAAAUGAUGCUGAGAAUAAAAGCCAUGGCAUCGAGCUUGGCUACCGAUACAACGCAUCACCGGUUAUCGUUCCAGAUACAGAAGCCACGGAGCCUGAAUGGAAUAUUCUGCAUUACAUCCCGUCCACUUGGCCAGGAGCCAGGCCGCCACACGUCUUUCUCUCCGAUGGGGAGACAAGCGUGUUUGACUUGUUUGGGCAAGACUACACGAUCGUCGAUUUUUCCGAAGAGGGCAAAUGGGCGGAAUCAUUUACCAAGGCUGCAAAACGCCUUGGAAUUCCCAUCAAGGCUGUUCAUUUACCGCAAGAGAAGCACGUGCAGAAAAUCUGGGAGCGGACUGCGGUUCUCGUUCGGCCUGAUGAUCAUGUCGCAUGGAGAUUGCCCCUAGAUGAGGCGACGUUUGACGGAGAUGUGGAUGGAAUCCUGAAGAUUGCAGUCGGUCAAGCAUCAAACACAGAGGCUGGAAUUUUAAAUAAGGAGCGAACCUUGGCUGGAGUUCGGGAGAAGGGGUUUGAGGGCACAGUCGGAAAUGUCAACCAAGACAAGGUGGCAAUGAAGGCUGCAUUCCAGGUUUGA